CACCGGUUCCUUCUUCUAGACACACAUCCGGCGACGUCAUAUCUUAUUUACUGUAGCAGCGACUCGAAGACACUUCUCUUAGUGUCUUAUCAAACAAAAACAUGUCUAUAUUCACCCCAACAAACCAGAUCCGGCUGACCAACGUCGCUGUGGUUCGGAUGAAGAAGGGCGGGAAGCGGUUUGAAAUCGCGUGCUACAAAAACAAAGUCAUGAGCUGGAGAUCAGGCGCAGAGAAGGACCUGGACGAGGUGCUGCAGACACACUCUGUUUUUGUCAAUGUUUCCAAAGGUCAGAUGGCGAAGAAGGAUGAUCUGGUGAAAGCUUUUGGAACAGGUGAUCAAACAGAAAUCUGCAAGCAGAUUUUGUCCAAAGGGGAACUCCAGGUGUCUGACAAGGAGAGGCAGAGCCAGCUGGAGGCGAUGUUCAGAGACAUCGCCACCAUCGUGGCGGAGAAGUGUGUGAAUCCAGACACUAAGAGGCCUUACACCGUCGGUCUGAUCGAGCGAGCGAUGAAGGACAUCCACUACUCUGUGAAGCCCAACAAGAGCACCAAGCAGCAGGCCCUGGAAGUGAUCCGGCAGCUGAAGGAGACCAUGGAGAUCCAGAGAGCCCACAUGCGGCUGCGGCUGGAGGUGCCGGCCAAGGAGGCCAAGAGGCUGAGGGAGAAGCUGAAGCCGCUGCUGCAGGUGGUGGAGAGCGAGGAGUUUGACGAAGAGCUGGAAAUGGUGGUUCUGGUGGAUCCCGGCUGCUUCAGGGAGAUCGAUGAGCUGAUCCGCUGCGAGACCAAAGGCCGAGGCUCUCUGGAGGUGCUGAGCCUGAAGGACGUGGAGGAAGGAGACGAGAAGCUUUAGGAGCUGAUUCACUUCUGAUUCACUAAAACUCCUACAGAGACACAGUUUAUUGUCCAGCUCACCUUAUUUCAGCCUUUAACGCAGCAGCUAUGUUUAAGAGAAACUCCCACUAAUCUUCCUGCUGAAGAGUCGAUCCGAUAGCAGGCUUCAGCGUUCAGAUGUAAAACACUAAAGCCAGCAAUUAGCUCUGACAUAUAGGUUAUUAUUUAUUAUUUUCCUGUCCUAGUGCACAUCUUUGACUCCUUCCUUAUCUUCAUAGGCCCAGAAGUAAAUAUUUAACUCCAACAGUUAAUCCUUCUCUGCAGCUGAACAGAAAAAAAACCUGAUUGUUUUCUGUAGACGGGGAUUUUACUGACAUAAAAUAAUUAUAAAUAUACACACAAACUGUCACUUUUCCUGGCAGCCCAAUAGAAAUAUGUCAAAUAAAUUAUUAUUUUUAUUAUUUCAGAGAAAAACCGUGUUUAAUAUAACAUUGAGACAUAACUGUUUCAGAAAAUGUCACCUUAAAAAUAUGACUGAAGGUGUUUUUUUUUGUUUUUUUUAAGCCACUCUUCAAAAUGGGAAAGACUGGUAUACAUGGCAUUUAGGGUUGGUUUUGUAACAUCAAAAUCAUAUUGGUGAUGAGUUUCCAUAGGAACCAUCUACUUCACAGCUUGUGUCCUACCAUCACAAACAGAAAUGGAGUAUUUGACGUUUUCUACGCUAGAGCUGUGUGAAAAAGGGGCUGAAUAUGUGGAAAAGCAACUCAGAUUCAUUUAAUAAGCACGGCGAAGGAUAUGUGAUGCUAUGGGUUUGUUUGCAAAAGUGUGACAUCAUAUCUUUUAAAAUCUUUUUAAAUUCUGGAAUAAAAGAAGAAAAUGUUUUCAGGAUUUUUAAACUGCUUUACCAGGGAGGCUGUUAUAUUAAAUGUUCCUUUAUGUUUUAUAUUUAUCUAGUGUUUCUUUAAAAAAGCAAGAAGAUUUGAACAAAAGAUGGAAAAUAAAAAUAUUUUUGCAUCUUCUUAAAUAGAAUAAACACACAAAGCUAAAAGGACAAACUCAGAUAUGGUGAUGUUGCUAGUAGUAAACAUUGUUAAAUCUGAAGUUUAAAAUGAUUUAGUUUCAUUUAAGUUAAAGCAGAAAGUUUAAAAGAAGAAAGACUCAGGCUUCUUUGGCGUUCAGUGUUAAAUUUGGAUAAAUAAAGUUAAUGACUAAAUAAAAUUAUUUUUUUAUUGUUUUUCAUCCUGAUAUGUCGACAUUUGACAAAGUCUGAAAAAUCGAGGUUAAAUUCAGCAGAUUUUCUACAUGAAAUCACAUUUAAAGAAACACAGAGGAACCGUAAAGCUGCAGAAGAAUAAUUUCAAAACUUUUGUGCUUUUUUAAAGGCUGCGACUUCGAUUCAGAGAACAAAACGGCAACUCAACGCCACCCAUCCUGUUUGUGUGCUUUGGGUCGUGUUCCAGCAUGCCUGGUUUUUUUCUGUUACACUGCGUCUGAUUCCAGUUCAACCAAACACAACAGUUUGACAUAAAAUAUACGAAAUACAUGAA